AUGCGACCUAGUUUGUCUGCUGGUCAGAUAAUUGGCAUAAGCCUGGUUAUCACUAUUCGCUUCUCCCAGGCGUUGGUACCACGCACACAGAUUGGGGAUGUUUAUGACUUCAUUGUUGUGGGAGGUGGUCUAGCCGGACUUGUGCUUGGUGCCCGUCUUUCGGAGGACACCAAUCAUACUGUCCUUGUCCUUGAAUCAGGCGGAAAUGGAGACGACUAUCGAGAACGUAUAGAUACACCGGCAUAUGCGUACUUUGACUCCCUCUGGACUACGCCUCUGAAUUGGGCAUUCUGGACGGUCCCUCAACCAAAUGCGGCAAAUCGUGAGAUUUAUUGGCCUCGUGGCAAGGUCCUUGGAGGUGAGAACGAGAUAAAUGCAUGGAAAGGGAUGCUCGGAGACAUGGACGGCGCUGAAAAUUGGUCGUGGGACUCAUUCUACGCUGCUAUGAAGAAAAGUGAAACAUUCAUUCCCCCAAUUGAUGCUGUGAUUCAAGAGGCAGAUAUUACAUGGAAUGCAUCAAAUCAUGGCACUACAGGGCCAAUCUGUGCAUCGUAUCCUGGCUUGACGUUUCCCCAAGUUGGCCAGUGGUCAAAGUCUUGUGAGAGUAUUGGAGUUGAUAUUUCUGCCAACAUGUACGACGGUCAGAACUGGGGUGCCGAAGUCUCAACCUCCGCUAUCAAUCGUCAAAACUGGACGCGUUCCUACAGUCGCACUGGUUAUCUCGACCCGCUUCCGGACCGAGGAAAUUACGACGUGUUAGCCAAUGCUCAUGUUACUCGCAUUCUCUUCGACAGCUCCUCCGCUCCAGAUAAAUUAACAGCGAAUGCUGUCGAGUACACACCUGAUGAUGGAACGACAACAUUGACGGUCAAAGUAAACAAAGAAGUCAUCGUCGCGGGUGGCUCUAUAGGCAGCCCGGCUGUCCUGCUCCAUAGCGGUGUUGGUCCCAAGGACGUCCUCUCUAGUGCAGGUGUUGACCUUGUCUCUGAACUCCCUGGUGUCGGCCAACAUCUCCAGGAUCAUUUUAGUGCCACCGUGAAAUGGAAUGCUGACGUGGAAACUGCGGGUUCUACUUUCUACGAUGAUGGUAGCCAGAGGAAUAAUCCUCUCUUUCUCUCAUAUGUUGAUUCUGCUGUCGCCUAUGUGAACACGACCACUAUAUACGGCAGUCACAUUCAAGAGCUCCAGACAAACAUAUUAGCUCAAAUGGAGGAAUAUGCACCGAACACAACAUACGAUGCUGGUGUCGUCGCUGGUUACAAGGCAAUUUAUAAUACGACGGCAUCGAAGAUAUUUAGCAGCCCUACAGGUCAGAUCGAGCUCCUGUUCAUGAAUAGUGAUGGCAACGGCGACAUCGGUAUUACGGUCGCUCUCCAGCAUCCAUACAGCCACGGCCGUAUCUACAUCAACUCUUCGAACCCAAUGGACUACCCUGUCAUUGACCCGAAUUAUCUGGAUAAUCCAGCCGAUUGUGAGAUACUACGCGACGGUCUAAAACUCGCACGUCAAUUAGGUGAAACCGAACCGUUGAGUAGCAGCUUCACAAGCGAGUUGUCCCCGGGUUCAUCCGUCCAGACUGAUGCAGAGUGGGGGGACUGGCUGCGUGGGGCCGGUGGCACCGAAUUCCAUCCAUCGUCGUCAUGCGCAAUGCUCCCUCGUGAACAAGGUGGAGUCGUCGACGCAAACCUUCGCGUGUAUGGCCUUGCAAACGUCCGAAUUGCGGAUGCCAGUGUUCCGCCCAUUGCCUUGUCUACGCAUCUGAUGGCGUCAACGUACGGGUUGGCUGAGCAAGCCAGCACCAUAAUUCGAGAUUUCUGGAAUAGACCAUCCGCGGCAUGGUCUUCUUCCAUUUCAACUCCGACGGCUAAGUCGCGUCACACAACAGGCACCGGAAACCAGGGUAGCGGAAAGAGCAACCAGAGCGACCAGAGCAACAAUGGCAACAGGAACACUACUUCGUUGAGCCUUUGGAUAUCCCUUCUGGUUGCUGUCGCAUGCUGCGGUCACCUUUAA